GGUUGGCAUUCUCAUGAGAAUUAUCAUGUUGAGUAUACAUGUGAGUAACCUUUGUCUUACGCCAGAAGAUGAUGUGAACGUAGACGACAUCGUCCCUAUUGUAGCCGUCUACUCUGUUAUACUCACCGCUGUGACAGUUGUUGUUGCAGCAGUUGCUAUUGUUGGCUGCAAGGACGUGAAAGAGGGACACAGCUUAAGAUGUGGUGAAUAUCUCACUGUGGUGGGAGAGAGACUAUCCCGUGACAUCAGUGAUGCACCGUACGCUUCCAUAAAUGACGAGGAUGCCUUAUCCCUGCAUGAUUAUGAGCGACUACUGAGGGAACAGUUCCACAUCUACACGUCUCUCCACUCUUCAGCUUCCUCUACACAGGACCAACGUACCAGGGAUAGCCUUAUGUGAGGGUAGAGGGAACAGUUCUACAUGUACACGUCUCUCCACCCUUCAGCUUCUUCUACAGAGGGCCACAGCACCAAGUGCAGCCUCGUAUAAGGGAACAGUUCCACAUCUACACGUCUCUCAACCCUUAAGCUUCCUCUAACAGGAACACAGUACCAGGAGCAGCCUCGUGUGCGGGAACAGUUCCAUAUCUACACGUCUCUCCACCCUUCAGCUUCCUCUAAAAGAGAACCACAGUACCAGGAGCAGCCUCGUGUCCGGGUACAGUUCCACAUCUACACGUAUCUCCACCCUUAAGCUUCCUCUAUAGAGGACCACAGUACCAGGUGUAGCCUUAUGAGAGGGAGAAGUUCCACAUCUACACGUCUCUCCACCCUUCAGCUUCCUCUAAAAGAGAACCACGGUACCAGGUGUUGCCUAAUGUGAGGGAACAGUUUCACAUAUACACGUCUCUCCACCCUUCAACUUCCUCUUCAGAGGGCCACAGUACAAGGUGCAGCCUUAUGUGAGGAAACAGUUCCACAUCUACACGUCUAUCCAUCCUUCAGCUUCCUCUAACAGGAACACAGUACCAGGAGCAGCCUCGUGUGCGGGAACAGUUCAUUAUCUACACGUCUCUCCACCCUUCAGCUUCCUCUAACAGAGAACCACAGUACCAGGAGCAGCCUCGUGUCCGGGUACAGUUCCACAUCUACACGUCUCUCCACCCUUAAGCUUCCUCUAUAGAGGACCACAGUACCAGGUGUAGCCUUAUGAGAGGGAGAAGUUCCACAUCUACACGUCUCUCCACCCUUUAGCUUCCUCUAACAGGAACACAGCACCAGGUGCAGCCUCGUGUGCGGGAACAGUUCCACAUCUACACGUCUCUCCACUCUUCAGCUUCCUCUACACAGGACCAACGUACCAGGGACAGCCUUAUGUGAGGGUAGAGGGAACAGUUCUACAUGUACACGUCUCUCCACCCUUCAGCUGCCUCUUCAAAGGACCCCAGUACCAGGUGCAGCCUCGUAUGAGGGAACAGUUCCAUAUCUACACGUCUCUCCACCAUUCAGCUUCCUCUUCAGAGGGCCACAGUACAAGGUGCAGCCUUAUGUGAGGAAACAGUUCCACAUCUACACGUCUCUCCACCCUUCAGCUUCCUCUAACAGGAACACAGUACCAGGAGCAGCCUCGUGUGCGGGAACAGUUCCAUAUCUACACGUCUCUCCACCUUUCAGCUUCCUCUUCAAAGGACCCCAGUACCAGGUGCAGCCUCGUAUGAGGGAACAGUUCCACUUCUACACGUCUCUCCACUCUUCAGCUUCCUGUAACAGAGAACCACAGUACCAGGUGCAGCCUCGUGUGAGGGAACAGUUCCACAUCUACACGUCUCUCCAUCCUUCAGCUUCCUCUAACAGGAACACAGUACCAGGAGCAGCCUCGUGUGCGGGAACAGUUCCACAUCUACACGUCUCUCCACUCUUCAGCUUCCUCUAACAGAGAACCACAGUACCAGGAGCAGCCUCGUGUGCGGGAACAGUUCCACAUCUACACGUCUCUCCACUCUUCAGCUUCCUCUAACAGAGAACCACAGUACCAGGAGCAGCCUCGUGUGCGGGAACAGUUCCACAUCUACACGUCUCUCCACUCUCCAGCUUCCUGUUACAGAGGUCCACAGUACCAUGUGCAGCCAUAGAUACCCCUCUGUGUGAUACAAGGAUCCUGCGAGAUUCUGGCGUUUGAUAUUAACAAUUAUGGAAUAUGGUUGAUUGUGUCGUGUGAUAUAUCACGUCAGCGCACUUGCUUGUCCAUUGCAGUACUUGCGAAUGGCCGAGUUUGUGUAAUGCAGUGAUGAAGACUAAUGAUAAAGAAAAAAAUGUAGUUACUGUGUGUUGUCAUUGCUGAUCGAGGCGGUAGCUUGUAACCUUGAA